AUGCUUGCGACCAGGUCAAUUGGCCGACAGGCCUUGAACGUUCCCAGGUGGACACAGGCGCGCUUCGUGUCUUCACUAGAGGGCAACCCUCACAUCUAUGUGUUCCCUAGGGAAGGAACAACCAACUCUCAUAUUCUGUCACUCUUAUCGUCCGAGCCCGUCAAUCCAGAUCUCGCCAUUGGAGUCACCAACAAGCUACCGCCUACACCAGACUCACUCACGGAGAAUCCCGAGUUCCUCAAUAUUCUCCAAGAAGUCUUCGCCAAGCAUGCACAUGAAGAUCCAGAAGCACAGUCUCAAGCGCAGGUUAUGGUGUCAACAGCUGGAGCGAAUCUCUAUACUGGCGGUGUCCUGAUGGCGAACCAACGAGGGAAUAGAAAGCGCAUGGAAGCAGGUGACUCUAGCGGUGGAGCUAGCGGUCAAGGUGGUGCCGGCGGUGCUGGGAAAGGCGGCUGGAUUCAUAUUUCGGACAGCAGACGACCCCCCGAUUUUGGCAGAAUUGCAUGGCCAGAGGAUAUCUUCGGCAGUCUCGAGGUGGAUGGGCAUGGACAAUUUGUUGGUGGCGACGGCAAAUAUCAAGCUAGUGGCACUUACAGAAUGGUCACUCGAGAUGGAAUCUUGGGAUUGACCCCUUUUCUCAGAGAAAAGCUUGUCCAGCGACUCCGGGAGCUUAACAAGCAAUAA